GCGCCAGUCGAUAGCAUAUCACAGUGAGUCAUUGAAUCGAGUAGUCGCGAAUAUCUCCGGAGCUUAAAUUCCAGUGAAUUACCCUCAGCAAAUCCGAACAACAAUUAAAAACUGGUGCUGCUGGCGGACGAAAGAGGCGACACGGGCUAGGCAACUACACACUACAGUCGAGUCAGACAAUAGAGUGACGAAGCGGGGCACAAAAGAGACAAUUUACAAAACCUCUCUUUGGCACUAAAGCACCUUUUUAAAAAUCUUUAGUAUCUAUUUCUAAAAUUCCGCAGUUCUAUCUAAACUAGAAAGAGAACAUAAAAACGGCACUUCUGUGGUCCGAUGUCUAGUGUUGAAGUGGUGGAGAGUUCCGUUGACCCUCCAACCAAGAAGCGACGCGUUGCUGCUACAACGGGAGGUGCCGACUCAGUAAGCACGCCAAUAAUGGCCAAGAACGGCUCAACCCCUCAAACAGGAGGCUCAGCUGGAGAUGCAAGCACUAAUUUACCAACUACCAGCGGAGACAUCGACGAGGGACUGUACUCGCGCCAGCUGUACGUCCUGGGGCACGACGCGAUGAGACGCAUGGCGUCCUCCGACGUUUUAAUCUCUGGGCUAGGAGGAUUGGGAGUCGAGGUGGCCAAGAACGUCAUCCUCGGGGGAGUAAAGUCCGUGACACUUCAUGACAAGGUCAAUUGCACUAUUAAAGACUUGGGAUCUCAAUUUUACCUCACUGAAGCUGAUAUUGGUAAAAACCGAGCCGUAGCUUGCUACCAGCGCCUGUCCGAGCUGAACAACUACGUCCCGACCCGGUACCAUGAAGGAGAGCUCGAUGAAGAUUUUCUAAAAAAAUUCAAAGUGGUUGUACUUACAGAGACAACUCUAGAAGAUCAGCUCCGAGUUUCUGCAAUCGCUCGUGCUAAUAACAUCGCUUUGAUAAUUGCAGACACUCACGGGCUCUUUGCUCAAGUAUUCUGCGACUUUGGCCCGGCGUUUACUGUCGUAGACACCACGGGAGAGCCUCCAGUUAGUGCGAUGAUCGCUAGCAUCUCUAGAGACGCUGAGGGAGUUGUUACUUGUCUAGAAGACACUCGCCAUGGCAUGGAGGACGGAGAUUUUGUCACUUUCUCUGAAAUUCAAGGAAUGACUGAGUUAAAUAAUUGCGAGCCUAAGAAAAUUAAGGUCCUAGGACCUUAUGCUUUUGCAAUUGAUGAUACUUCGUCCUUCAGCGAGUAUGUAAGAGGGGGAAUUAUUACCCAGGUGAAAAUGCCGAAAGUGAUUAACUUUAAGGAACUUAAGGAAUCUCUCCGACAGCCGGAGUUUAUUAUGACUGACUUUGGGAAGUUUGAUCAUCCUGAACAGCUGCAUUUAGCUUUCAUUACUCUUCAUGAGUAUGUUAAAACUCAUGGCAAGUUCCCGAGAGCUUGGAACCAGGAAGAUGCUGAUAGUUUCUUGGGUUUAGUUGAGACUGUUCAAGAGAAGCAUGGAAUUGAAACUGAAGUUAAGAAGGAAUUGCUGGAGACUUUUGCUAAAAUUUCAGUGGGUAAUUUUAACCCUAUGAACGCUAUUAUUGGGGGAAUUGUUGCUCAAGAAGUUAUGAAAGCUUGCUCAGGUAAGUUUUCUCCAAUAUUCCAAUGGCUGUACUUCGACGCAAUUGAAUGCUUACCUCAAGACCGCUCAGAGAUUGUUGAAGAAGACUGCAUGCCUCGAAACUGCCGCUACGAUUCCCAGAUCGCUAUCUUCGGUCGUAAAUUCCAGUCCAAAAUCGGAGGACUCAAGUACUUUGUCGUGGGAGCUGGAGCAAUUGGUUGUGAGCUGCUGAAGAACUUCGCGAUGAUUGGUGUGGGAGCAGAGAACGGAUGUGUAACAAUCACAGACAUGGACCUGAUAGAAAAGUCCAAUUUGAACCGUCAAUUUUUAUUCCGACCCGCUGAUGUUCAAAAGGCCAAGUCUUCAACUGCUGCCAGGGUGGUCAAAGGAAUGAACCCGAGCAUGAACGUGAUAGCUCACGAGAACCGCGUUGGAACUGAAACAGAGAAGGUUUACAACGAUGAAUUCUUUGAAGUCUUAGACGGAGUUGCCAACGCGCUGGACAAUGUGGACGCAAGAAUUUACAUGGACCGUCGGUGUGUCUACUACAGAAAGCCGCUGCUGGAAUCUGGAACUUUAGGAACUAAAGGGAACACUCAGGUGGUAGUUCCUUUUAUUACCGAGUCUUACAGCUCGUCUCAAGACCCUCCAGAGAAGAGUAUUCCGAUUUGCACAUUAAAGAACUUCCCGAAUGCUAUCGAGCACACUCUCCAGUGGGCGAGGGACAAUUUCGAAGGAUUGUUCAGGCAGAACGCCGAAAAUGCUGCUCAGUACAUCAACGACCCGCAAUUCGUUGAAAGAACCCUUAAACUCCCCGGAGUCCAGCCUCUGGAAGUCCUGGAGCUGGUCAAGACUGCUCUAGUUGAUGAGCGACCCAAGAGCUUUGUAGAUUGCAUCGUCUGGGCGCGCAAUCACUGGCAAGACCAGUACAACAAUCAAAUCCGCCAGCUGCUGUUCAACUUCCCGCCGGACCAGGUAACUUCCAGCGGCCAGCCCUUCUGGUCUGGACCCAAGCGUUGUCCAGUGCCUCUCGAGUUUGACGUCAACGAUCCUCUUCAUCUGGACUACAUCGUAGCAGCUGCUAAUCUCAAAGCAGCUGUUUAUAGCAUGCCAGCUAAUCGCAACCGGGAAGAAAUCGCCCGGAUUGUCAGCACCGUUGAAGUGCAGCCUUUCACGCCUAAAUCAGGAGUCAAGAUAGCUGAGACCGACGCCCAGGUUCAGGUGUCCAACGGAAGUGGCAGUGUUGACCACGAAAGACUCACCCAAUUAAUUGAAGAGCUGCCGAAGCAGCACGAGCUCAAAGAUCUAGUGAUCAAUCCUCAAGACUUUGAGAAAGACGAUGACUCUAAUUUCCACAUUGACUUUAUUGUCGCGGCUUCUAACUUGCGCGCUACCAACUACCGCAUCCCUCCCGCUGACAGACACAAGAGCAAGCUCAUUGCCGGGAAAAUAAUCCCUGCUAUCGCUACCACUACCUCCGUAGUAGCUGGAUUAGUUUGUCUUGAACUGAUAAAAUUAACUCGCGGGUUUAAAGAUCUUGCGCUUUACAAAAAUGGAUUUGUUAACCUAGCCCUGCCCUUCUUUGGGUUCUCAGAGCCGAUCCCGGCGCCCAAGCUCAAGUACUACGACACAGAGUGGACUCUCUGGGACAGAUUUGAAGUAAAAGGCGAGCUCACGCUGAAAGAAUUCUUGGAUUACUUCCAGAAUGAACACAAUCUGGAGGUCACUAUGCUUUCUCAGGGAGUUUGUAUGCUCUACUCGUUCUUCAUGGCUGCUGCCAAGCGCGAUGAACGCAUGGGACUCCCCAUGUCUGAGGUCGUCAGGAAGGUCUCCAAGAAAAAGCUGGACCCACAUGUUCGCGCUCUGGUAUUUGAAUUAUGCUGCAAUGAUAAAAAUGGAGCUGAUGUUGAGGUUCCUUAUGUUCGGUACACCUUACCUUGACUUUAUUAAUUGCGAUCCAUUUUAUUGAAUAAUUAUUACUAAUAAUUAUAAUUAUUACUCAAUGAUUAGUCCGGUAAUCGGAAAAAAUAGACCGGAAAUUUUUAAGUUAUGAAAAAU